AUGAAAUUUUAAGUAGAAAUUUUGUUUAUUUUACAACUUUUAUUUACUACCACAAAAUGCUUAACUGCAUAAGGCUGUUUUAAUUUAGGCUUUAAAUUAUGUCUUGAUUCGUUUGGAUAAUGUACAUAUAGUUCUCUGACCUGUGCAAAAAUUUGUGUUUCUAAUAAUUCUUGCAGUUCAAACUGCUGCCAUGAAGGAUACUGUACUUCUUAAAGCGCAGGAUCAUGUACUUCAAGCAAUUAAUAGAGCUAAAUAGUAAACACUAAUAAAUCUCCUGUUGUAGCAAUAGUAGUUCCUAUAGUUUUUGGUUUAGUAAUAAUUAUUGGGAUAGCAUGUUUCUGUUAUUAGAGGAGAAAAAGAUAGCUAGCGUUAUAAGCUUUACAACAAGCUGCUUAAAAAAACAAUAAUGAUUUAAUGAAUAAUCAAUAUAGGGUUGAUGUAACAAAUUAAAAUGCAUAAAUACCAUAUCAUAAUUAACAAAUGUAUGGCUAGAAUAAUUUAUAAUUCUAGCCUGUAGUAUAUCCUAACCAACCUAUUUAAUAAACAAAUCCAAUCUAAAUGAACUAUUUAUAUUAUCCUCCAUAACAAUAAUUUUUUAUGGCACCUUAACAACAGCAAAAUCAACAAAUUCCUGGUAUUUAUGAGGCCUAAUUAGGAAAUUAUGACAUGCAACCUAAGCCUCAAAUGGGAGUUCCUUUAGUAAAGAACCCGCUCAACGAUGGAUAAACUAAUUAUCUUUGA